AUGUUGGAACUUGGUAGGGAGUCGGACUCGGGAACCGAGAUUGUGGGAUACUCAUGCACCGCUUUCAGCGCUAGCAUGCUCUAUAUGUAUGGUUGGCUCAACCUCUUGUUAACACGGAACCGUUUAGGAUUCGAACUGACCAACCAACAUGGCGAUUUACAUCUCUGGCCCUUCGGCCUCCUUGCUUGGACUUGCCUUGCACAUAGAGUAGAAGGUGCCUCGGAAGACAAGAAACCCAAGCCUGUGGACCCAUGUACAAUAUCAUCGACGACCGGAUCUUUCUUUGAUUUGAGACCAUUAUCAAUACAACUUCCGGAAGAAGGCAAGAAACCCGCCAAGAAUGCGAAGACGGACGAUUGGCAUGCGAGAGGGUAUGAUUACAAAGGGAACUUUACACUGAAUGUAUGCGCGCCGGUAGUAGAAGGGCUGAAAGAUGUUGUUGGAGUGGACAAAAAUCAUUGGCGGAAUGUGAGCGCAUUCUAUGAGUUUGAGGGAAAGAAGUAUUCUGUCGGACAACAAUCGGGGAAUCUAACACUCCGUGGAAGAAAGCUGGUUCUGGAAUAUAAGAAUGGAUCACCAUGUGUAGGGAAGAACAAGAAAAGAAGCUGGGAUGAUGAUGAUGACGAUGACGAUGACGAUGACGAUGACGACGAUAAAUCAAUACGCCGAAAAUCUAGUAUCAUAUCCUUUCAUUGCGAGAAAGAUCCACUCGCCACGGCAUCCGCCUCGUACGUAGGCACUGAUCCGCAAGAAUGCGCGUACUUUUUCGAAGUGCGCUCGCAAGCUGCAUGCGGAGGCUCCGAACCUGCCAAACAAACUGUAGGCCCCGGUGCUGUGUUCGCUAUCAUAGGGGUUAUCGCCAUCAUGGUAUACUUCCUCGGUGGUGUCUUUUACCAACGAAACGUCGCGCAUGCAAGAGGGUGGAGACAAUUGCCUAAUUAUAGCUUCUGGGCUGGCAUAGGAAAUUUCAUAAAGUCACAUAUAACAAUUGCACAUUUCCUUGAUAUUUUCAUCAUCGCUACAUCAUCAUGUGCCAGAUGUUUACCUACUCACAGGGGAUACAACGUCUUGAGUAUCUCUGCAAAUGGCAACUCGGGAAGUGCCAAUGGUGGGAGAGGUGGAAAUGGAAGAGAUAGGGGCAUUAGUGCGAAUGAAAGUGGAAGAAGAAAUUCAGGGAGCGAGGAUGAAAAUCGUUUGAUUGAUCAAUUGGAUGAGGAAUGGGAUGAUUAG